AGAACUGUCACAAGAGCAAGAGCGCUGAGCUAAAGCACCUCUGAAAGGAAGCCCCAGUAAAAACCAUGUCAUUCUGCAAACUUCCUCUGAGAAAGAUCGCAACCAGAUAAAGCAGGGGCAGUUUUCUUGCCUGGUAAGAGAAGGCAGUGGCAUAAUGAGGAAGCAGCUUAUCACCCACCUUAUAGGCUUUUGCUGGCUCGUCUGCUUCAAGGGGACUCAGCCUGUCUCCAGCGCUCUGAACAGGUGCGACGAUCCAAUGCUGUGCCCUGAUCACGCAACGUGCACCAAUACUCUCCAGGGCUACAACUGCACCUGCCGACCUGGGUUCAUAUCCACUUCGGGGGCCACGAAGUUCACCGAUCCAGCCGUCCGUUGCAACGCUGACAGGUGUACGGAUUCAUCUAUCUGUCCUGCUUAUGCAACCUGUGACAACGUCGCCGGGAGCUACCGCUGCACCUGCAAACGUGGGUUUGCAUCUAGCUCUGGGCAGCAGCACUUCACUGAUGCGACAGUGACGUGCAAUGAUAUUGACGAAUGCUCCCGGGACCCAUCGCCCUGCGGCACCAGCUCCAUCUGCACCAACACACGGGGCAGUUAUACCUGUAAGUGUCCCCCAGGCUACCUCCGUGGCAACCAGCCUGGCAUCCCGUUCAGCUGCACAGAUGUGGAUGAAUGUGCCCAAACCCCUGCAAUCUGCGGGCCCAAUGCCUCCUGCAUGAACACACCUGGGAGCUACACCUGCCAGUGCUCACCCGGGCACCAUCCAUCCACGCCAGGGCCUUGGGUACCCGGAACAACCCGCUGCACAGAUAUUGAUGAGUGUCUGGAUCUGGCAUCAUGCCCUGCUCACGCCGCCUGCACCAACACCCCAGGAAGCCACUACUGCACCUGCAAUACCGGCUUUGCAUCCAGUUCUGGGGAGCAGCGCUUCACUGACCCAGCAGCGCAGUGCAACGAUCUUGACGAAUGCUCCUGGGACCCAUCGCCCUGCGGCCCCAGUUCCAUCUGCACCAACACACUGGGCAGUUACAUCUGCACAUGUCCCCCAGGCUACCUCCCCCGCAGCCAGCCUGGCAUCCGGUUCAGCUGCACAGAUGUGGAUGAAUGUGCCCAAACCCCUGCAGUCUGCGGGCCCAGUGCCUCCUGCAUGAACACACCUGGGAGCUACACCUGCCAGUGCUCACCCGGGCACCAUCCAUCCACGCCAGGGCCUUGGGUACCCGGAACAACCCACUGCACAGCGGUCGCUUCAAACGAUCUGGUGAAGAAUUGUGAGAACCGAAGGGUGGAUGCGGCUCACGGCUCAUCCCAAAAUGAUGAUGCCUUCUGCAAGUUAUUGACCUCCACCUUCAGCGUCUUGGGAGACCCCAGCGAAAGGAAGAACUCCACCGUCUCUCUGGAGAAAGCCGCUGAGGGAUUUGCCUCCAUCCUGGAUCAGACGCCCUCCUGGUCCAACCUGAGCACGGAGCAGGUCUCCACCAUGGCCACCGUCUUCCUGGAGAACGUGGAGAAUGUCGUGCUGGACGUCUUCAAGAACCCCACUGGGAACGGGAGCCAGACCAUCCGGAUGGAACAACUGGAACUCCAGACCAAAGUCAUUGAGGACGGCUGCCCUGGAAAGGACUCAGUCAUCAGCCUGGAAGUCAAAGGGGAGACCAUGAAGAUUAGCUGCAGAACGAUCCAGGGAUCAGUGGCACAAGCCCGGGCUGGAGUGGCGUUUGCCUCCUACGUGGGCAUGGAGUCCCUCCUGAAUGGCAGCUUCUUCCAUGGCCAAAGGGCCACCUCUGUCUGGCCAGUUCGGAUAAAUUCCAGGGUGGUGAGUGCCUUCCUGACCAGCCAGACCAAGACCGAUUUCCCGGAUCCGGUCAACUACACCUUCCAGACCAUCAUGCCAAGCAGCAGCCCCGACAAGCUCAUCUGCGUCUCGUGGGAGGCCACGGACCGGCGUGGCAGCUGGUCUCGGGCUGGGUGCGGGGUCGUGCGCAGCAACGCCACUCACACCACGUGCAGCUGCAAUCACGUCUCCAACCUGGCCGUCCUCAUGGCAUCGGGGGAGAUAACGGCAGGCUUCCCACUGUUCCUCAUCUCCCACGUCGGGCUGGCCCUGUCCCUGCUGUGCCUCUUCCUCGCCAUCCUCACCUUCCUCCUGUGCCGCUCCAUCCGCAACGUGAACACCUCCAUCCACCUGCAGCUCUGCCUCUGCCUCUUCCUGGCCGACCUGCUCUUCCUCACAGCGGUGGACAGCCCCAGCCACCAGCUGGCCUGCGCCGUCAUUGCUGGCCUCCUGCACUACCUCUUCCUGGCCUGCUUCGCCUGGAUGUUCCUGGAGGCCGUGGUGCUCUUCCUCACCGUCCGCAACCUCGGGGUCGUCAACUACUUCAGCACCCACAGCCCCAAGAUGCGGCACCUGAGCCUCUUCGGCUACGGCUUCCCCGCCCUGGUGGUGGCCGUCUCGGCGGCGGUUAUGCCGGAGGGAUACGGCAGGCGGGAAAACUGCUGGCUCAGCAUGGAGAAGGGGUUCAUCUGGAGUUUCCUAGGGCCAGUGUGUGUCAUCAUCGGGAUUAAUUCCGUCCUUUUUGCCUUAACGCUCUGGAUGCUGCAGAGAAAGCUUUCCAGCCUCAACACUGAAGUGUCCACCCUUAAGGAGACCAGGCUACUGACCUUUAAAGCCAUUGCCCAAGUCUUCAUUCUGGGCUGCACGUGGAUUUUCGGUCUCCUCCAAAUCGGCCCAGCCGCCACAGUCAUGGCGUAUUUAUUCACCGUCGUCAACAGCCUGCAGGGAGCCUUCAUCUUCCUGGUGCACUGUCUCCUCAAUCGCCAGGUGCGGGAGGAGUACAAGAGACGGUUCACCUGCAAAGCCAAGUCCUACGUUUCCGAUGUCUCCAUGUCUACUUUAGCCACCAGCAGCAAAGCGGGCUGACGUUCUGGCCGGGAGGCAGGAGACGCCAUCGCGCCACAGGAGAAGGAAAAGCUUAUUGCAGAACUUGAAUCUGCCGUCUUUAAAGUGCUUGCAGGAUCAGAACUUCGAAACCAACCUGCCAGCUGGAGUGUGAUCCCGGGAUUAAAUCAGCGGGCUGGGAAGGGGAGAGGGGUGUGAGGAUUAGAGCUGGGGGUGCUGGCAGUCAGGACUCCUGGGUUCUUCUAUCCCUGGCUGUGGGGUCUAGUGGUUAGAACAAGUUAGACUCCCUAGGCAUGGGCCAGUAGCACCUGUAGUUUAAUCUAGCUAUAGCUUAAUCCACUGCUGCUUUUCGGAGAUUCCCUUUCUCCUUAUUUAUCAUCCCCCCCACCCCAAUCCUUCAGUCCCCUGAAAUCUGAGCAGGUUUUGCAUGUCUGCGGCAUUUCAAUACUGUAAAAUGAGUUUGAUUUUGAA